GAAUUUCGUUGCUUUCCCGUGGAAUUGUGCUAAUUCUUGAGUGCUUCACCCUCAGUUACUAGUAAAUUUUCUCAUUCGUAACUUAACCGUAAGAACUGUGCUCUGAUUUUUUAUUUGUUCACAAAUUUAGCUACGUAUCCGUUAUCCGGCAUCAUAAUUGCUUAAUAUUCUCGAUUGACUAUUUGCGCUGUUGCGCGAUUGUAUGAUCGUUUAGCAGUCUGCAAAUUGCUGUGUUUUCCUGGAUGAUCCCGUUUGUCAGAAUGCUGGGGACACUGUGCAGCAAGCCCGUCUGCGUUCGGCUGGCCCGUGGCGCCUGUUCCUCCCCGCGCGCCUUCCAGCAGGCGCAGCAGACAGCCAAGAAGGACGACAAAGCCGCGGCCCCUCCGGCCGCCCCUGCCCCCGCGGCCGACACCCGCGUGGAGGUCUUCAUCGACGACAAGCCCGUGAUGGUGGCGCCCGGGACGACGGUGCUGCAGGCGGCCGCCCUCGUCGGCGUGGAGAUCCCCCGCUUCUGCUACCACGACCGCCUCAGCAUCGCGGGCAACUGUCGCAUGUGUCUGGUGGAGGUAGAGAAGUCUGCCAAGCCCGUCGCCUCCUGCGCGAUGCCCGUCAUGAAGGGCAUGCGCGUGAAGACGAACUCGCUGAUGAGUCGCAAAGCGCGUGAAGGCGUGAUGGAGUUCCUGCUGAUGAACCAUCCGUUGGAUUGUCCGAUUUGCGAUCAAGGAGGCGAAUGCGACCUGCAGGAUCAGUCCAUGAUGUUCGGCAGCGAUCGCAGUCGCUUCACGGAUAUCAAGUUCGACGGGAAGCGCGCGGUGGAAGACAAGAACAUCGGGCCCCUCGUCAAGACCAUCAUGACGCGCUGCAUUCACUGCACGCGCUGCAUUCGCUUCGGCAGCGAAGUGGCCGGGGUGGAGGAUCUGGGUACCACCGGCCGUGGCCAGGACAUGCAGGUGGGCACCUAUGUGGAGAAGCUCUUCGCCUCGGAACUGUCGGGCAACGUGAUCGACCUGUGUCCCGUUGGCGCUCUCACCAGCAAACCUUACGCCUUUACGGCGCGCCCCUGGGAGAUCCGCAAGAUGGACUCGGUGGACGUCAUGGACGCCCUGGGCAGCAACAUUGUCGUGCACACGCGAGGGGGAGAAGUAAUGCGGGUGCUGCCGCGGCCGAACGAUAACAUCAAUGAGGAGUGGAUUUCCGAUAAGACGCGUUUUGCGUAUGAUGGGCUAAAACGUCAGCGCCUGACACUGCCAAUGUUGAAAAACCACAAGGGACUGCUGGAGCCAACCGACUGGGAAACGGUAUUGACCCGCGUAGCCGGCAAACUGGAGGGCGCCCACGGGAACGAGUUGGCGGCGUUGGUAGGCGGGCUGUGUGACGUGGAGGCGCUUGUUGUCCUGAAGGACUUGUUGAACGCGCUGGGCAGUGAGACGUUGUGUACCGAGGAAGAUCUGCCACUUGGCUCCGGCGCAACGGAUCUGCGCUCCAGCUAUUUGAUGAACAGCACCAUUAAUGGGAUUGAGGAGGCCGAUCUGGUGCUGCUGAUCGGGACGAACGCACGCUUCGAAGCGCCGGUGCUCAAUGCACGCAUCCGCAAGGGCUACUUGCACAACAAUCUGCGGGUGGCCGUCAUCGGGGAGGCGGUGGAUUUGCGCUACGAGUAUGACCAUCUGGGCGGGGAUGUGGCCGCGCUGGAGCAGUUGGCCGAUGGAAAACAUAAAUUUUCAGAAGUGUUGUCUAAGGCUAAGAAACCGAUGCUGAUUGUGGGCAGUGCCAGUCUGCAGGGCGCCGAUGGCGCAGCCCUCUUGGCCAACAGUAUGGUGCUGGCCAACCGACUCCGCUCCAAAUCCUCCGGUGGUAAUUUAAACGACGACUGGAAAGUGCUGAACGUGCUGCACCGUUGCGCUGGGCAAGUGGGUGCGCUGGAUGUGGGCUAUAAGCCGGGUCCGGCAGCCAUCAGAGAGCUGAAACCACGGGUGCUCUAUCUGAUGGGUGCGGAUGAAGGGCUAAUUACGCGCAAGGAUUUGGCACCGGGCGCCUUUAUAAUCUACCAAGGACAUCAUGGGGACAAGGGCGCAGAGAUCGCCGAUGCCGUGCUGCCAGGAGCCGCAUACACGGAAAAAGCCGCCACGUACGUGAAUACUGAGGGCCGCCCGCAGCGCACAAACGUGGCCGUAACGCCACCGGGCAUGGCCCGUGAGGACUGGAAGAUCAUUCGGGCUCUGUCGGAGUUCGUAACAGGGGCCCGUCUUCCCUACGACAGUCUGGAGGACGUGCGAACGCGCAUGGCCGACGUGGCGCCCCAUCUUCUCCGUUAUAACAGCGUGGAGCCGGCUAACUAUUUUAAACAGGCCCAUGACCUUGUCUUUACCCAGCAACGGCCUAAACAUUCGGGGAAAGCACUGCAAGGCCUGCAGAAGGAACUGGAAGAGUUCUAUAUGACGGACUCAAUCAGUCGGGCCUCGCGGACCAUGGCCAAAUGUGUACAGGCCGCCAAGCAGCAGAAGACGUCGAAGUACGGGCUGUAAGGCCCGGUGUGUAUAGAUAGAUGUUGAUUUUAUUGGGUUUCUGUGUCGCAUUUCAAAUCGUUUAUGUACAUUGUGUUGCGUCGAUAUUAAGCGUUAACAUUAAUUAUUUUAACUAAUAAAAAUUAGAAACAAAAAGAAUUAUGGUAC